CAAAAUGGUGUUAAGGAUAUGGAAAAUUGUACACAAACACAAAUAGAUUCUUGUCUUAAAGACUUGUGUAAUUCACUCAACAGAUUCGAGUCACAAAAACAGCAAAAACAACAAUCAUCAUUUGAAAUAUUUGGUAGUGGUGGUGGUACAUUUGGACAACCCCAACUACAGAGAUUCGGAACACCUCAAAACACAUUUGAAGCUUCUAAUACCAAUCAACCAUUCACAUUUGGAAUAUCUACUUUUGGACAAAAUACAAUUGGAUUUCCAGAAACUCAACAAGGGUUUGGGACAUCUAUAGGUAGGAACAGUUUUGAUCAAAAUAUAGCUAGUUUUGGUGUAUCAAUACAACAAACAAUUGAAGGAUUCAGACAAACCGCAUAG